GGCUGCUGAGCUAGAGGCUGCAACAGAUCACUCCAGAAGGGAGUAUCUGUUGCAGCGGCUAGAGAAGUCGAUCACUGAUGAUCGGUGCUUCAGGUCACCAAGCACAUGGCUGAGAUGAUCCUGUUGGAGCACAAGAUCACCAGCUCCCAGUUCACAAACUGGGAUGAUCGUUUUGUGCGGCUAGAGCGUCGGGUUGACGAGCUGUCAGCUCAACAGUCCAAGAUCCUGGACUCUAUCCAGGGCUUGUCUGCUCAGCUGGCAGCCGCCAAGCUGAUUACUCCUCAGCUCCCUCUGCUGAAACCCAAAACCUCUCCUCCUCCUUCACCACCUCCUUCCCCUCCUUCAUCCCAUGGGGGAUCUGUACAUUCUUCCCAGUCAUCUACUCCUUCCCAAAAGGCCUCAGGAAAGGCCACCUAUGCUGCUGUGACUGCAGCAGACAGAGGUCCCAAGAUCCUUGCCCCCAACAAGUUCAGGGGCGAUGACCCCAAGACUGAUGUUGGGGACUGGGCUGCUGGGACCAGAGCGUACUUGAGGGGCUUUUGGUUGAGGGCAGCCAACCCUAGGAUCGACUGGCAGAUUCCUAGAGUUGAGCUACCAGACCGCCAGGGUGUGUAUCAGCAGUGCAUGAUUGCUGCUGAACAUCACCCUAAGACCUCCUGCUACUGCGUGAGAGCGAGGGAGUUCCAUGCUCUCUCUUGCCAGUACCACCAUGAGCGUCUGUUUAUUGCUCUGGUCAAGCAAACAAAUGCUCCCCCUGUUUCCUGUCCUCCUGAGAUACAGCAGGUGGUAGAUCAGUAUGCUGAUCUGAUGAAGGAGCCCUCUGGACUUCCCAACCGGCCAACCAAGCAUCACAUCGAGCUGCUGCCUGGAGCGGUCCCUCCCAAGGGCCGCAUCUACAGGAUGUCCCCUGCUGAGCUUGAGGAGCUCAGAAAGCAGCUUGAGACCCUGACCAGCAAAGGCUGGAUCAGACCCACCACAUCUGAAUUCGGUGCACCUGUUCUCUUUGUGCCCAAAGGGAACGGCGAGUUCAGGAUGUGCAUUGACUACAGAGGUCUCAAUAAGAUCACUAGGAAGAGUAUUGAGCCACUUCCUAGGAUCGAUGACCUCCUGGACGUGGUGCAGGGCUGCACAAUGUUCAACAAAGUCGACCUCAAAUCUGGCUACCACCAGAUUGAGAUGGCAGAGGAGGAUGUCUACAAGACAGCCUUCAAGACCAGGUAUGGGACAUACGACUUCCUGGUCAUGCCAUUUGGACUUUGCAAUGCCCCAGGCACCUUCCAGACUCAGAUGCACCGCAUCUUCAGGCCUUACCUGGACAAGUUUAUGGUUGUCUACCUGGAUGAUAUCCUGGUAUUCAGCAAAACUGCCAGGGAACAUGCGGAACACUUGGCUCUAGUUCUUCAGUCGUUACGUGACAGCCAAUAUAAGAUCAACAGAGAGAAGUCCUCUUUUGGAGUUCCGUCUGUCAUCUAUCUGAGUCAUGUAAUCUCUGGAGAUGGCCUGGCUCCUGAAGCAGCCAAGAUUGCUGCUAUUCAGGAGUGGCCUCAGCCUCAGACAGUGAGGGAUGUCUGGUCCUUCAUGGGUUUGGCCUCCUACUACAGAAAGUUUGUUAGGAACUUUUCUGCAGUGACUGCACCCCUGACUAACCUAACAAAGAAGGACACUCCCUUUCUUUGGUCCCUCCACUGUCAGCUGGCCUUCACACGACUCAAGAAGGCCUUGACUCGUGCGCCUGUCCUGAAGUUACUCGACCCCACUUUGCCAUUCAUCCUGACCAUUGACGCUAGUCAGUAUGGCAUUGGGGCAGUGCUUCAGCAGGAUGAUGGGAAUGGUCUACGGCCUGUAGAGUUUAUGAGUAAGAAGAUCGAGACUCAAAAGCUCCAGGACUCUACCUACGAGAAAGAGCUGUAUGCUCUUGUCUGUGCCCUGAAACAUUGGAAGCACUUUCUCCUGGGCAGGCACUUCAAGAUCUUUUCAGAUCACUCCACCCUACAGUGGAUGAAGUCCCAGGGAGAGUUGAACGAUAAACUGGCAUGGUACAUUCAGUUCAUAGACAUGUUUGACUUUGAACUGAAACACAAGAAGGGCUGCUACAACAAGGUAGUAGAUGCCCUCUCUCAUAGGCGUGACUCUUUUGCUCUGAUCUCCUCUACUCACUCCUUUGGAGAGGAGACCCGUCAGACCAUUGCUCGUCUACUGCCUCAGGACGAGACUUUUGGACCCAUUGUCAGGAAUCUGCAAGCAGAUCCUAACUCUGAACCAGGCUAUGCCCUGAGUUCAGACCUGCUGUACACGUACAGCAGAGGUGAGGAGCGCUUGUGCAUUCCCCAGGACCCACCACUCAGGACACUGCUGCUGUCAGAGUGUCAUGAUGCCCGGGGGCACUUCGGGUUCCUAAAGUUUAUGCAACCCUGUCGCAACGCGUCUUCUGGAAGGAGAUGCGGAGUGAGAUGCUGCGUUAUGUUGACACCUGUGAGCUCUGCCAAAGGAACAAGGUUCAACGUAAACCUCCUUUGGGAUUGCUCAAACCCCUACCCAUACCUGAUGGCCCUGCCCAAUCUGUGUCGAUAGACUUCACAGAUUUAGGCAAGACCACCCCUCGUGGCAUGCGUCAGGUUAUGGACUCCGUGAACC